UGUAAACAUGAAUUGCUGGGCUCUUUCCGUAAGGUGUCGUUUCUUGUUUCAUGCUAUUGAAACAUUAAUCCUAACUUACUAUGACUCCUUUCUGUUGGUCAGCUCUCAGGGGCAUUUCCCGAGGCUAGAAAAUGUGGGAGCUUUCAAGAAUGUGUCAGUUGUGCCAACUCAAGCCACCUGUGGGCUGCUGGACCGAGGUACUUUUUGUCAUAGCUCAGUUGCUGUUGAGAGUAUUAUGUCCUGCACCCAGAGGUUUUGUAUUCAGGAGUGUCCGUACAGGUCUUCGCCUGCUUCCUACAAGCUGCUGCUUUCAGAAGGCCUCGGUACCUGUGUCACCGAAGACAAAAGGGACGUGCAUCCAGGGUCCUUCAGCAACGCUUCCAGUUUUAUUUUUCAUGAUCACAGGGAUUGCUUCGCUGCUCCCCGCUCCCUGAGGCCUGCAGCUUCAUUUACAUUAACUGUAUGGUUGAAACCUGAGCAAGAAGGUGUAAUGUGUGUGAUAGAAAAGGCUAUUGAUGGGCAGACUGUGUUCAAACUCACAAUCUCUGAGAAAGAGACCAUGUUUUAUUAUCGCACAGUAAAUGGUUUGCAGCCACCAAUAAAAGUAAUAACAUUGGGGAGAAUUCUUGUGAAGAAAUGGAUUCAUCUUAGUGUGCAGGUGCAUCGCAGCAGAAUUAGUUUCUUCUUAAACGGCUGGGAAGAUGACAGUACUGCUUUUGAUUCAAGGAUUCUGGUGGGAGCAAUUGCAGAUACUGAUGUUGAGGGUGUACUGCAAAUUGGACAAAGCUUCACAGGUUUAGAGCAAUUUGUUGGAAGAAUGCAAGAUUUUCGAUUUUACCCAGUGGCACUUACAAACAGAGACAUUUUGGAAGUAUUCUCUGGAAAAUUCCCUCACCUGCACACGCAGUCCGAGUGCCGCUGCCCCGGGAGCCAUCCCCGGGUGCACCCGCUCGUACAGAGGUACUGCAUCCCCAACGGGGCAGAGGAUACCACCAACGACCGAGUGCUGAGGCUGGACGCAGAGGCCCAUCCUCUGCAUUACAUCAAUGACAAUGAUAUUGGCACCACCUGGAUUUCGUCUGUGUUUACCAAUACUGCAGGUCUGGAUCAUGGUGUUUCUAUCACAAUAGAUUUACAAGAUGGACAGUAUCAGGUAUUCUAUAUUAUACUUCAGUUCUUUAGCCCACACCCUGAAGCAGUAAGAAUUGAAAGAAAAAAAAGAAAUGAUCUAAACUGGGAAGACUGGCAGUAUUUUGCUAAAGAUUGCAGUAUUUUUGGAAUGGAUAACAAUGGAUCUCUGGAAAAACCAGACUCUGUCAACUGUCUCCAACUUCCUAGCUUUACUCCAUACUCACAUGGAAAUCUGACUUUUAGUAUUCUUACCCCGGAACCAAAUCACCGUCCUGGUUACAAUGAUUUUUAUAAUACUCCAUCUCUCCAAGAGUUUGUAAAAGCUACACAAGUGAGGAUUCAUCUCCGUGGCCAGUAUCAUACAAGUGAGCCGUGGGUGAAUUUCAGGCAUAGAUACUAUGGAAUUAAUGAAAUCACAGUCAGUGGAAGAUGUAACUGUCAUGGCCACGCCGAUAAUUGUGACACGGCCUUGGAACUGUACAGGUGCCUGUGCUUCAAGGAAAGCUACACAGAAGGAAAUAAUUGUGAUCGCUGUUUGCCAUUAUAUAACGACAAGCCUUUCCGUCCAGGUGACCAAGUUCAUGCCUAUAAUUGCAAACCCUGUCAGUGUUACAGCCAUGCUCUAAGCUGCCACUACGACUUAGCGGUGGAUCCUUUUCCUCAGGAAUACUACAGAGGUGGUGGGGGAAUAUGUGAUAACUGUCAGCACAACACAACAGGAAGAAACUGUGAGCUGUGCAAAGAUUUCCAUUACAGACAAGCAGGUGCAGAUCUUUCAGCCAUUGAUGUUUGCAAACCCUGUGACUGUUACGCAACAGGCACAGAAAAUAAGAGCCUCCUGUGUGAUAAUAUUGGAGGCCAGUGUAAUUGUAAGAGACAUGUGUCUGGCAGACAAUGCAAUCAGUGCCAGGAAGGAUUCUACAAUCUACAACAGUCAAACCCUGAUGGCUGCAGUCCUUGUAACUGUAAUACCUCUGGGACAAUCAAUGGAGAUAUUACCUGUCACCAAAAUUCAGGCCAGUGCAAGUGCAAAGCAAAUGUUAUUGGCCAUAGGUGUGAUAGCUGCAAUUUUGGAUUUAAAGCUCUCAGAAGUUCUAAUGAAGAGGGAUGUGAGCCUUGCUGGUGCAAUGUCCAUGGCUCAGUGAACCAGUUCUGCAACCCUCUUACGGGGCAGUGUAGCUGCAAGGAACAAGUAAAAGGACUUCACUGCGACACCUGCAUGGAGAACUUUUAUGGCCUGGAUGUAACUGGCUGUAAAGCUUGUGAAUGCAACGUUGCAGGGUCACUUUCUGGGGCUGUGUGCGAUGCUAAGACAGGACAAUGUGUGUGUAAACCAAACGUUGGAGGAAGGCAAUGCGAUGAAUGUGCAGACGGCUACCACAAAGUACAACAAAACGCCUCCUUUGUUUGUCUGCCCUGUAACUGUGAUAAGGCAGGUACAGUAAACAGCUCUGUGCUGUGUGACAAGUCAACGGGACAGUGUCCCUGCAAAGCUGGUGUCACUGGCCUGCAGUGCAGCCAGUGCGUGCUUCACAUGUACAACCUCAGCAUGAGCAACCCUCUUGGCUGCCAGCGCUGUGACUGCGACGCCCUGGGUACGUUCACCGGGACGGUUUGUGACCACAGCUCUGGGCAGUGUGUGUGUCUGCCUCAUCGCGAGGGAAGAAGGUGCCAUGAGUGCAAAGCUGGUUUUUAUUUUUCUCCAUCCAGUGUCACUGGCUGUCUGCCAUGUCUGUGCCACAUAGUUGGUUCAGUGAGUCAGGUUUGUGAUAAACUUAGUGGCCAGUGUAUCUGCCGAGACGCCUCUGUAACAGGACGAACGUGUGAGCAUUGCACAGAACUUUAUUUUGGAUUUGACUCUGUCACAGGGAGAUGUCAGCGUUGUAAUUGUCAUCCUGCAGGAGCCAUUAGUGGGACUUGUCAUCUUGCUACUGGACAGUGUGUCUGUAAACAAUUUGUAACUGGCUUGAAAUGUGACAACUGUGUUCCCAAUGCUAGUAAUUUGGAUGUCCACAACCUAUUUGGCUGCAGUAAAACUCCACUCCAACAACCUCCUCCUACAGGAGAAGUUCUCAAUUCUUCUGUUAUCAGGCUCCAGUGGAGCUCCCCUGACUCUCCAAAUUCUAACAGACUAACUUACCAGUUAUAUCGGGAUGAGGCUGAAAUUUAUACAGCCGAAGACUACCAUCCUUAUAGUGUUCAGACCUUCAUGGAUACCUCUUUAUCUCCAUAUACCUUCUAUUCCUACUAUCUCCAAGCCAGCAAUGUUCACGGUUUUACAAGAAGUGCCUCAGUGACAUUCCGAACAAAAUCAGGGAUACCUACAGGAAGCUUGCAUUUAAAUCCAGUCUUUCCCGUUAGUCACCGUUCUGUUUUGCUUUACUGGACAACUCCUUCAAAUGACUCUGGGCCCAUUGAGAAAUAUGUUUUGACAUGUACUGGCUUGGUUGAUCUUCAGCCUUGUGGACAGUAUGAGGGUUUAAAAACCUCAGCAAUUAUUUGGAACCUCAUUCCAUUUACAAAAUACAUUUUUUCCGUGGAAGCGUGUACCAGUGGAGGCUGCUAAAAGACCCAGCCAAUAACAGUAAUUACUGCACAAGCUCCUCCUGAAGGGUUACACCCACCUGUGAUAGAUAUCAUCAGCUCUACAGAACUGGCUGUGAAAUGGUCACCACCUGAGAAACCAAAUGGUGUAAUUAUAAGAUACGAACUUUACAUGAGAGAAAAACUAAAAUUAGAUGAAAACGUUCUUCCCCCUGAAACUCGUGUUUUCCAAAGCAGCGGUUGGUUCAGUCCUCAACCAGUUUUGGAGUCUGCUAAUGAAAAUGCCUUGGCUCCACCCCAGACCAGUACCAUAGUGGCUGAUCUUGAGCCAUUCACAGAGUAUGAAUUUUUCGUGCUAGCAGUGAACAUGGCGGGUAGCAUAUCCUCAGGCUGGGUAUCAGGACGAACAGCAGAGGCAACCCCAGUAUUCAUGCCAUCUCCAUCAGUAUUCCCUCUUUCACCAUAUUCCCUCAAUGUGUCUUGGGAAAAGCCUGAAGAUAACAUGGCGAGGGGAGAGGUGAUGGGAUACAGCAUUAGUCUGAUGACUGAACAGACAUUCUUACCACCAUUUUCUCAGGUUCUGCAUAUAGCUGAGGCUCAUGAGCUGUCCUACGUAGUGACAGGAUUAAAACCAUACAAGUUGUACAACUUCACUAUUACUCUCUGCAAUCAAAUGGGUUGUGUAACCAGUGAGCCAGGCACAGGGCAAACCUUGGCAGCUGCUCCAAGAAAACUUAGUGCCCCUCGUCUUGAAGGAAUAAACAGCACAGUGGUUAAGAUAUAUUGGAAUGAACCCGAAGAGCUUAAUGGUCCCUCUCCCAUCUACCAAGUGGAGAGGAUGGAUUCGUCUUUAGCUACAUUGAAUACAGAAGUAAUGAAAGGAAUCCGUUUCCCAGGAAAUGGAUAUUACAGAUUUGCUAGUUCCACUCUCCCUGCCAACACUUACUUUACAGGUAAAUGA